UAUUAUUUAAAAGCUUAAUUGUUCACCCCGUGUACAAUACACGGUAUUAUACUUAAACAUCAUUAGAGUAACCAAAUUAUUAAGUUACGCCUGAUUUAAAAAGCGACAUGCAUUGUUUUCCGAGCGUGCUCCCUAAAAAUCCCAACUCGGUGUCUCGAAGGUGUCGCGUUUUUUUAUUUGCAUUUCAAUGUGUUCUAUUAUUUCUACAUUCUUUCCCGACAUCGUCGGUCAGUAGUUGAAAUACAUUCCCGUUACGUACGUCGCGCUUUUUCACCGCGAUAUUUUUUUGGAUUCCCUUCUUACGCUUUUGUUUUGUAAGUCCGGAACAUCUCUUAAACAUUGUUUUCCGUGUAUAUUAUGUACCAUCAGUAGCGUAUGUGGGGUUUUCUCACGGGGGGGGGGGAUUUAAUUACACAUAUUUAUUCAUAGUAAAAUAUUGUUAGGUACAGUGUUAUAGUAUACAACACUUUGGUCAUUAACUAAAAUAAAUAAAAAAAAUUUAAUUUAAAUAUCCUCCCUGGCCGGGGGCGACUCCCAUACCCCCCCCGUAGAUACGCCACCGCGUAUAAUUAUAAGACAAGUAUACAGUAUACACAGUUUUUCUAAAUAUAGCACAAAUCUCUUGGAAUUCCCGUUGGGCUUCAUCGUCGGGCAAUCAAAAGCGAUAACAUACUGAUAAUAACAGUGAUAACAUAAAACCGCUAUGACGGCGCCCAGUGUCGUGCAUACGUACAAAAUGCAUAUUAUUAUUACCUACGUUUAUUAUGCGCUUAUAUUCAACUUAUUUUUAAUAAUAAUUAUACAAACGUUUUAAGAAAAAAUAUAUUAUAAUACAUUAAUUACGUUUUCAAUAUGGUGCUAAUUUAUAGUUUCUUCUUUAUUUACUUCAAAAUGUCAAACUUUAGGUACAUCACCAUGGUUAAAUUAUGUGUGAUUUGCGGAAACGUUGAUGGUGUGGAUGGAGUUUCAGUGCACAGGUUUCCAACGAAUGACCAACAGAGACGUCAGUGGGUGUUGUUUGUCGAGAGCUGCGGUGUAAAUGUACAACCCAUUUUGGUCACCACAAAACUGUGCUCAAGACAUUUUGUAGUAGGUCAUGAUUACAGAGCUGAAACAAAUCGUCGUCGCCUGUUUUCAAGAGCGGUACCAUCUUUAUCAUAAUUAUUCAACAAAUGCUACUAUUCAACUUCAUUCAGUCUUCAGUGUAAUUUACUAUGACAUGGAGAUUAAACGUUACC